GUGGCGGCGGCGGAGCGCUGGGAGCGGGCGGGCAGCGCCCCCCCCCCUCCCCUCCCCUCCCACCCCUCCGUCCCCUCCCCGGUCCCCUCAGGUCCCUGCCGGGUGCCGGGCGCCGGUGUCGGAGCCGCGGGGGCUGCUGAGGCGGCUCCGUGCCCAUGGCGAGGCCGUAGGGAGGCCGGGCCGGGCCAUGGCGGCGGGGCAGGGCGGGCCGGGCAGCCGCUGCGACGCUGAAGCUUCCCCCUUUAAGGAAGGCGAUGAGAGCUCAGUGGAUAUUUACGAUGGCUUGGACAACGGCUUGGCGGUUCCUGACAACUCUGCUCCAAAUUCUACACCAGCUGGAAACAGUUUAAACUUGUUUGAUGAGAUCUUGAUUGAAGAAGGAACUGCAAAGGAAGCAUCUUACAAUGAGUUGCAGGCAGAGUAUGGAAAAUGUCAGCAGCAAAUUAAAGAGUUGAUGAAGAAAUUUAAGGAAAUACAGGCACAGAACAUCAUUCUACAGAAUGAGAACCAAGCUCUUAAGAAGAAUAUUUCAGCACUUAUCAAAACAGCAAGAGUGGAAAUUAACCGUAAGGAUGAAGAAAUCAGUAAUCUCCAUCAAAGGCUAUCGGAAUUUCCCAAUCAUCGAAGUAGCUUCACCAGAGCAUAUCUUCCUGGAUCAACCAACGGACGGUGUUUGGAGAUGUGUAAAGCUAAAGAAUCCAAAUUCAGACCUUCUGACUUAGGUGACAACGUAAAGACGGAACAUAGAGUGAAAAAUGACUGCUCAAAGGAUAUGUACCACAGUUACUCAUCUCACAAUGGGGACAACGGGAAGUUUAGCUCUGAAAAAAGAAACACUCCGUACGUACUGAGAUACCCUCCUGAAGAGCUCUGCGGCGAUGGUGCUCAUUUAUGUCUACCAAACCAUGACCAUAGUUGCAACAAGGAUAACAGAAAGGAGAAAAAAGAAAUGAAAAGUGAUGAGCAAUACAGUAGGGGAACUGUCACCAAGUACAGAAGAGAAGUACAUCAGAGCACUGGUAACAGUGGUAACUCUAACGGUGUUGAAAGUGAAGAGGGGAAUUCAGAUCCUCAUCAAAAGCUGCAGACCCUUCCGGAGAAGGUUAGUAAAAAUGAGUUGCAACAAAAAAGUCAGAGCAUAAAACUCAAAAGCAGCCCAGCUGUAGAAAGAAGAAUAGAAAGGGGCGUUUCUUCUUGGGAGAAACAAGCUACUGGUAAAGACAGAUGUCUAACAAGAGAAUUGUAUGCAGAUGAGAGAUCACCAAAUGCGAUUAAAAAAGACAUUAAAACACAUGAUAAAGACGAAAAAACCUCUGGCCAAAAAAUUAAACUAAAUGAGAAGCUGCAGGAGCAGACAAGAAGGUCUGGUAGAGGGAGCAGUCCACACUCAAAGAGUGAACAUUCAAAGACUCUUCAUGAAUCACGUAAAUGUCGCGUGGAGGAGUCUAGAAAAGGAAGAGACACUGACUGCAAGAGGGACAGAGGAGCAAAUGAUCACAGCUUUCGAGAAGGGAGGUCCUCACCUUCUAAUUCCAGCAGCAGAGAGCAUAAACAUGCACGCUUCAAGGAAAACAGUAGCAGGUAUGAAUGGGAAACAGCACAUUCCAAAUCGGAGAAGCACAGAACCGAAGAAAAAAGGAAAAGAGAGAGGGACAAUCAGGAUGAAAAUCGGCAUUCUAGGAAUGAAAGAAAAGUUACAAAAGAGGUUUCUCACCAGUACACAAAGGAAUUCAGGAAGGGUACAGACAUUGCAAAAAGUGAACGAAACAAGUCCUCUAAGUCAGAAGAAACAUCAAGAGUAGCAGAUGGUUUAAAAGACCAUAAAUUUUCCAAAACUAAAGAUCACACUGUGACAAAAAGCAAGGACUUAAAACUUAGCUUUAUGGAAAAGCUGAAUUUAACUCUGUCGCCUGCAAAAAAACAAUGCCUUUCUCCACCUGAUGGACUUAAAACAUCUUCCCAAAAGGCCACAGAUGAGGGAACUGCAGAGCUCACUCUGCAGGCAGAAAUGGUAGACACUGCCCACCCUGUUAACUGUGCUCCUGCAGAGCAGGCUAAUUCAACACUACAAGUUCAGGACAGCACAGCUGAAAUCAGCGUGGAACCAGCAGUGCCUGCUUCUGUCAGUUCUGAAAAUGAAGCCUUGAAAGGAGCAGCAGCAGAUCCAGCACAGCCUGAAGCACCGCCAGCAGUGACAACUGAUGAAGUGAGCUCAGAAACCUCACCAGAACUGGUAGCGAGCCAGAUAGAGUCCCCGGCCUUGCCAGGAGCAGCAGAAGUCCUGGUUCCUGAGGAGAUGCUGGCUGAAACCUUGUCAGCAGCAGCAGAGGCUUGUGGUCCGGUUGAAUCAGAAGCCUCAGCAGUGGCCGUGAUGGAUCUGGAUCACCCUGAAGCUCCCUCCCUGGAGGUGGCAGGGAGCGUGGCACCAUGUGAGAACUUGCCCGUGGCAGUGGAGGUGAUGCAGGAUGAUAACGUGCCAGCAGCAGAAGUGGCGCAGUCCAAACCGGGCAGUGAAAGUCCGGGAGCCCUUCCUGAGUCAGCAACAGAGAAAGAAGAGGAAGAUAAAACAUGGCUAGCUGCUGACAUGGAAAACUCAGCAGACCACCAUGGCUCUCAAAACCUUGGCUUAGGGGACUUGGAAGCCCAAAGUUCUGGUGACUUGGAGUCCUGUGAGGAGGCUGCAGGUGACAUCAGUGAAACAAAAACAGACUCUUUAAUGGAAGUAGUGAAGGAUGGUGAUCACUUGGCUGCAGAAAAUCUGGAGCCUCCUGUUGAGGAGAAGACUGUCUGUGAAAUGAGCAUGAGCACGUCUCAGUCACCUGACAGAACUGCAGGAACUGAUCCAGAUGCACCAUUGCUCGACCAGAAUCCCUGUGCUCUGGGGCCAGGCUUCACUGAAAUCAGUCCAACAACAUCUCUUAGCAGUGAGGCGCACCCUAGAACUAAAGAGAGAGAAACCAACCCGGUACCCGUUGAUGAUGACAGUUCAAUACUGAGCAUCGAUCUCAAUCACUUGAGGUACAUUCCGAAAGCUAUCAGCCCGCUCAACAGCCCGAUGCGCCCUCUGGCAAAAGCACUUAGGAUGGAGAGUCCCUGCAAAGGUCUCGGGAAGAGUUAUAACAAAGAUUUAAUUCCUGAAGGCGCAGUUGCUGUUUGCCCCUCAAAGAAUUUGUCAAAGGAGGUAAAUAAAGAAAAUCAAAAGCCAGUUAGCAUGUCUGAUGAGCACCUAGAGAUGGAGUCCCAGCUGAGUAUCUCUUCAGAUGAAAUAGAAGAAGGAGAAAUCAUAAGUAGUGAUGAAGAUGAAGGAAAAUCUAAACCAGAAAGAAGCUCUGAAAAUCCCAAAAUUUCAAGACCAAAAACUCCUGAAACACGGAAUUUGACCAGCAGUCCGCAGAAUCAAAAGAACAAAGCUGUGUGCUGCAGCGAAGAUAAUGGAAAAUUUGUUUCUGUAAAAGUAAGUACAAAGAAGAACGGAGAGAGGCAUAAAAACCAGGCUUUCAGAUCCUCAAAGGAUAUGAAGAAAACUAAAACAGUGAGCAUCACUUGUCUUGAAAAAAUAGUUCAAGUUAUAGUUGAACCUUCAAGCGUGCAAGAAGUCAUGCAGAUGCUAAGAGCUAUACGAAAGCAGAUGAGGAAAAAUUACAUGAAGUUCAAGGUACACUUCCCAGUUCAGCAUUUUCACAGAAUUAUCGAAUCUGCUAUAAUAAAUUUUACGUCGUUAAUAAAAUACCUGAACUUUUCCAAAAUGUCUACAUCGGGCGAGACGUUAAAAUUGAACAUAUGUGAUAUUAUAGAGGCAAAACUUAAGCAAGUUAAAAAGAAUGCCAUAGUGGACCGUCUCUUUGAACAACAGGUAUCAGAUAUGAAAAAACAGUUAUGGAAAUUUGUAGACGAACAGCUCGACUACUUAUUUGACAAGAUAAAGAGAAUCAUUGUAAAACAGUGUGACAUGGUAAAGGUGGGGAAUGAGAGUGAGGAAGGGAAGCAUGAAAGAACAGGAAAACAAAAGCACAAAAUCGGCCAUAAAAAUGAUGUACAAAGAUCUAGAAAAAAGUCUCUGAAAGCCAGAUCUCAAAAACCUGAAGAAUUUAUCCUUUCGAAGCACAUUGUGGAUUACCACCGAGCUAAGGGUCACCACGAGAAGAAUAAAACAGAUGCAGCAAAAACCGCCUUUACAAAAUGUCUCAACUCCAUUGAUAACACAAGGAAUUCCCUAACCAAAGUGCAGCCCUCUAAAGAGAAUAAUUUGCAAGGCGCUGUCACUCCCUUGAAGGGUGUAAAACACGACAAAGAAGGAUUCCAGCUAUCCAGAGAUGCUAACAAGUCUGAUCUGAGUUACGAGCUGCUCACGGAACAGCAAGCAUCCAGUCUUACGUUUAAUCUUGUAAGUGAUGCUCAGAUGGGCGAGAUUUUCAAAAGCUUGUUGCAAGGUUCUGAUCUCUUGGAAAAAAAUGUUGGUAGCAACAUUGACAGACACGACUGGGAGUUCAGGACACCAGAAAAACAGUUUCCAGAUAGCCAUAAGUGCCGAAGCAAUGCUGCUGAGCUAGUGCAAGAGGCUGCUCCGAAGGAGGCUGCUGUGGAGUCUCGAUCGGUGGAGGAUAUCAGCUGGCCUGUUGUGUCACCCAUGAGAGCUCCUUCUUUAACCACGAGGCUUCAGAUGUCUGUCGAUCCAGACGUGCUGGAUGAAAGCUGCAUGUUUGAGGUUCCUACAGACGCCACUUCAUGCAAAGAAGAUGAAUGCAGUUUACAAAAGAGCAAAUCGUUUGUUUCCUCGAUCCUCCUCGAGGACCUGGCUGUUUCCCUGACUAUCCCGUCGCCUUUGAAAUCAGAUGCUCACCUGAGCUUCCUGAAGCCUGAGAGUAAUUCUGGCUCAACUCCUGAGGGUGUCCUCAGCGCACAUUACAGCGAGGAUGCGCUUCUGGAGGAGGAGGAUGCCACGGAACAAGACAUUCACUUGGCCUUAGAAUCUGAUAACUCAAGCAGUAGGUCGAGUUGUUCUUCAUCGUGGACCAGCCGGCCGAUUGUUCCUGGCUUUCAGUGCCGCCCCAGCCUCCCGAUGCAAGCGGUGAUCAUGGAGAAAUCCAACGAUCACUUCAUCGUGAAGAUCAGGCGCGCGGUGCCCUCCGUCACAGCAGCCUCUGAGCAGGUGGCUUCAGUGAAGGAGGCGCGGGCAUCCUCGGCCAAGAGUGAAAAAGAGGUGAGAAGUGGUGAAAAAGAAAGGGGCAGGCAGGGUGCCGUAGCUGCCACUGUGCUGGAAACUGUCAAACCCAAUCUGAUUAAGGUGGAUCAUGUGCCUUAUGGCAGCACUGGACAAGAGCAAAACCCUGCUUUGCCUCAACCUCCAAAGGAGCCUCACAGUAGCACUGGAAAGGAAGCAACUCCUGGCUUGCCUGGGCCCUGUAGAAAACCUUCAAACGCAGAUAACUGCAACGUUGAAAGCUCAAAUGAAGGCUCUGAGCAGUCUCAGACACACAAAUUGGAAGUAUCUGAAAACUUAAAUGAAGCAGGUGUUGAAUCCCAAGCUUUGUUUCCUGUUGGAUGCAGUGCAGAGUUGUGCAUAGACUUAACAGACGAUGCUGUUAAAGAAACUUCAUGUUUUGUAGCGGAAUCUGCUGCAGAGAACACGAGUGAGCAAGCUCCUACAGGAAAUUCAGAAAUCUGCGAUAGGAAAGAAGAACUGGAAGAGUGCUCUGAUGGAUUCAUAGACUUAACAGAAGAGCUUUCCAACGAGACUGUCACAGGCGAAUGUAAUCUUGAAGAAAAACCCGCUUUGAAUUCUGAUGUGGGUUCCCAGAUAAGUAUAGAUGACAAAAGUAAUAAAAAACGUAAAAAGGAGGCUGUCAGAGAGAAUUCCAACUCAAAAAGGCAACGAAAAGAGACAGAAGAAGUGGGUGAAGAGAGUGAGGGAAGUGACACGAAAUCUGAAGAGAUAAAUUUGGGACACAAACAAUGUUAUGCUAAGAACAAUGAGUUGCAGCAAAACAAAGAGUCUUCUCCUGUGGCUUCGUGUGCGACAUCACCUAGUCUGUAUGCCAAAAACAUCAUUAAAAAAAAGGGAGAAGUAGUAGUUUCCUGGACAAGAAAUGACGACCGAGAAAUUUUACUGGAAUGUCAGAGAAAAGGACCAUCAAGUAAAACCUUUAUUUCCUUAGCCACCAGGCUGAACAAAAGCCCCAAUCAGGUUUCAGAAAGAUUCAAGCAGUUAAUGAAGCUGUUCAAGAAAUCCAAGUGCAAGUAAACAUACCAUCCAACUGCUUUGUGGUUGCAGGGUUUAGCUGUUACCAGCAGUGAUGGACCAUAGCCACUGCGUUCGUGUGGUGGGAUUAGCGGGAGGUAUCCAAGUCAGAGUACGAAGUUUGGUAAAUCUGAUGCACUGUUAAUUAUUACCUCCCUGUCCGUGUUUCCUCUGAAAUGUUUUGUCAGAGCAACAGAGUAAUGCAGAGGAAACAUCAGGAACAAACUGCUGAGAAAGAAUGUGCACGUACAAGUGGAGCAAUAUCACUUCAAGGGCGUGACAUCUGUUGGUUCAAUGUGUUCCGUAGGCAAAUGCAGUCAAAUAGAAAUGGUGGCUCUUGCUUAUCUUGGCAGAAGUACUGCAUAUGGUGAUAUCAAAACAUGAUUUUAAAAAGUUGAGAGUUCUUUGGAAUCCAGUUGGUAGGUAAUCCUGGGGACUGAUAGGCUACGGUUAUGUUGAAGCACAAGAAGUGGUACUUCAAGAAGUUAGGCCUUUUUCUUUUAAAACAAGUCAAGGUACUGAUUCCAACAAUUCAGUAAUUCCAGAAGCUGCUUAUUCAGUAAUCAGAUUCUGAUGGUAAGGUUAGGUGGUUCUUUACUGUUUGUCGGUUGUUCGUUAGUGGGUUUCAAGGGGAGCAUCUAGCAGAGUGUAGGGUUUGCCUUCAACUUAAAGCAUGUUCUGUAAGCCGCUUCUUACUGUCUCCUGUUCAACAGAAAGAGAUGAAUGAAUUUCUCCUUGAGGGUGCCCAUCUGUCUCCAUUGACAGUGGAGAAAGUCUAGACAGUUGGCUUAGAUUAGACUCCUAACAUUUGGGUUUUUGAAGUCAAAUAAAAUGAGUCCCAGCUGCUGGGAGACGAUGAAGCCAGUCAUUAAUGCAGUGACCAGUUCUUCAGUUUCUUUUAAAGUGUGAAAUAGACUGAUGAAUGUUCAUUUAUCAAGAACCAUCUUGAAGACUUAAAAGACUUUGCAGUUCUGCUGAUACUCAAAAAGACUUAGCAUUAAAUUUUGUAUAGCAGAUUAUUAUUUUUUUCUUUCAGAAAAAAAAAUAAAGGAUUUUUUUUUCUUUUUUUUUUGAUCUGGAAAAGGCUGAUUUAUCUUCUCCAGACUACAUCUGGGAAAGGUGUUUAAGUUAAACUAAUUUAGGUUCAUAGGUCUUCUGCAUAAUGAACAUUCUGUUCUGUUUAUAUAUAUAUAUAUAUUAUUACUAAUUUAGAAACAGACUUUUACAGUCCCACAAAAUGUUACUUUAUAGUAAUUAAUUGGGAGAAAAACUUUUUUGUAAAAACAGGCAAUUUCAAAAGCUUGACAAUUUGACAUGUUUUGACAGCAGUUGUAUCUAUCAUUACAAAUUGUUUGGAAAUUUGUGGUAUUUUUUGUUUCUAAAGGACUCUUAUAAAUGCUUCCAGUUUCACCAGCACAUACUGAAAGUGUGUUUGUGUAUCUAUAUGCACAAACACACACGUCAUAUACAUGUUGCUGGUUUUCCCAAAUUUCUAAAAAGCUUUCUUUUUCCACCCCUCUAGGGUUGCACAGGUCAUGCUUUCAUUAUGGAUUCAUUGAUGUUUGAGGUUUUAGUGAGUGCUGAGGAUCAGAACUGCUGUAGUCUUUGUUCAGUCAGGGCAGCUGCUGAGAUUAGCUCACUUAAACGCACUGCCUCUGAACUUGGCUUAAAUUAUAUUUUCCAGAACCCAAUGAACACUUCUUCAGUUUCAGCGUAAUGAUUUUUGGCUCCCUUCCUGAGACGUAGUAACUAACGGGACCGACUUUUCACUCUAAUAAACCAUCAGAUAAUUCAUCAGUGACGUUGCCACUGACACCUCUGGAAUACUGUAAACAUGACCGGUGGAACCGACUGUCGUGCUGCCAGACAGUGUAUAGUCUCAUUCUAGGCAGCGCUUUGGAAACUGUUAAAAGGAAUUACUUGAGUAAGUUAUGAUGCCUGUUCUGGCAGUCUUCCAUCACAUAUACUUCUAUAACAUUUGCUUUUGAUAAGCUCCAUGGACAAGGCCUAGUGAUAUCACUGGGGAUUUCUGUACCUAUCCAUGGUUGUUCUUAACAAAAAAUUGUGACAGUUGUUUACUUACUUGAGAUUUAGAUCUAACCAAAUUUGUUCUCAGAAUAGUCAGCUGGCAGAGCAGCAUUUAUGUUUGUGGAAAAAUCAGACUCUACAAAGUAUUUUUUUAAUCAUAUCCUUAUAGAUCAAAAAGUGCACAAUAUCGAAGGCACUGAGGGAAGUAGCCUCACUACUUAAGUGCUUCCUCUCUGUCUCAGAAAAGCAGACAGUAUUUUAUUAUGAAAUUGUUUAUUCCUCGUCUGUGUUUAUUUACUUUCCUAUCUGUACAGGUUGGGGGGGAUGGGACUGUUUUGGUUCUGACCUGGAUUCCUAUUUUGUAAAUUAUGAAACUUUUUUUUAAUGUUCUGUCUACUGUAAGUAUUUGUACAGGUUCCUACAUGGUCAUGUAAAAUAUCUGAUGUGUGUAUAUAUAUAUAUAUAUAUAUAAAUAUAUGUAUAAAUAUAGAGCUUUGUUUAGCCAAAGAUGAUUUUUUUAACUAUAUAAAACUCCAGGUUUAUUUUGUAUAAACUGAAUAGUUUGCUUACUGUAAGAGUAAUGCAAAAAAUAAAUCUGUAAAAUCCCCACAGUUAUGUUCUUGUUGAACAAAAGUUGGCUUGGAGUGCUUUUGUACCAUUGUUUGUAAUUUAUUUCUUCAGUAAGAGUUUUGGUACAUAUAUGCAAAAAGUACUGUAUGUAAAUCUACAGUUUUAUUUGUGAAACCUCAGGUAAAUGAAAACAUUUUCCAGAACUGUUUUCUAAUGGCUUGACAACUACAAAUGCUGUGAAGCAGCAUUAAAAUUGACUUCUGUUAGAUUGUAUGAAUUAGUAGCUCUGUUGAUGUCCUGGCCAAUAAACAUGGAAGCAAUCAGCUGCUGCUCUGAUACAA